AUGUUGUUUAUUGUCGCACUUUUUAUCGAAUUGUCUGUUGCUAAUAGCAACGGUGUUUUGCAUAAAAGUUUUGUUGACAUUGUUUUUCUUUCUUUCUUUUCCUUUGGCGAAAGUUUUGAAAUUAAUAAAUUUGUCUUCGAGGAAAUGGUAUCAAGAAAGUAUUUUACACCGAGAGAAGUUUCCUUUCACAAUACAGAAAGCGAUCUGUGGGUUUCGUUUUUGGGUAAAGUUCACGAUUUGACCAAACUCUGUGAACGUGAAAAAGGAAAUAUUCUUCUAAAGCCCAUACUUCAAGCUGGUGGCACAGAUAUUUCUCAUUGGUUUAAUCCAAAAACUCAUGAUGUUCGAACAUACGUUGACCCUGAGACAAACUGUGUCAUUCCAUACUGUCCAAAUGGUCGUUAUCUCCAAAUCCCCCCAGCAUAUCCAGAUUCCAAGUGGGCUAACAAUUUUGGAUGUCCCUGGUGGAAAGAUAACAAAUACGUGAUUGGUAACCUGUCACAAAAAACACGAUUCAUCAAAAUUGUUAACACACUCACAUCCCAAGAACAUAUACUGGAGGUGUGCUCUGAAGAACGACUUGAGGCUAUUCUGGAACGUUAUUUGGCAUACAACGCACAUGCAGACAGUUAUACGUGGAAAAGAAGAGCUGCAGGCCAGACAGGCCAAGAAUUGCAGGCCAGACAAGAAAAAAGCAAGGCCAGACAGGCCAAAGAAUUGCAGGCCAAACAAGAAGAAGAGCUGCAGGCCAGACAGGCUGAAGAAUUGCAGGCCAGACAGGCCAAAGAGUUGCAGGCCCGACUAGAGCUGCAGGCUAAGGCCAAAAGGCAAAAAGUUGUCAAACAGAGAGCUUUUCCCCGCGACAGAGAGCAAUCACCUCAGACGGCAGAGAGUGCCAAACAGAGAGCUCAUUUCAGCCCCAGACGACAGAGAGCUCAGAUCACCUAG